UUUGGGUCGAGAAGCCAUUGGCAUGGCAUCGUUUACGCAUACAGUUCUCUGCAGUUCGACCGACGGACGGGGCCGAUGUAGAGGAGUGCCGAGCUGAAUGAAAACAGAGCAUGAAUGCAAAGCAGGCCGAAGCUGGUCCACUGGGGAACACUGAGGCGUCUGCCCUUUCCUAGCCUGAAGUUCCCGAUACAUAUGUCUAAAAACGAUGAUGGCUUCAGCACACUUGGUAGCCGCGUUCGUAAUCUUCGCUUUCUUUUCAGAAAUUCCGCGGACAUCUGCUCAAAGUAAUGUAAAUGACUAUUUUGAUCAAAUGGAGGCGGAUGUUAAAGAACUUGCCAGAAAGCUCGGUGAAAUCUUCAGCUCUCCAUGCGGUAACGACCCUUCAUGCCCGAAUGGAUGCUCCCAAAGUAUGUGCCAACAACUGGCCAACAAUCUACCGAUAUCGUACAUCAACGCCUCCGCGAGCGAUUUAUAUAACUGCACGAAGGCAAAGUUUCCUGCCUCCAACGUUUGCCCUUCAAUACAGGUCACGAGAUCCAACAGCUCCGUCACAUACUUUAGUUAUGGUGGUCAGGAUCAACCUUCGGAUGUCGAGAGCAGCUCAAUCUGCAGGACUCAGCUGCUGGACGAAACAUUCCAGAAUGUAUCCAGCAAAGUGAAUUACUACUUGGACUACUACGUGGGACUGAUCGACGGCACCCGUCGAGCCUAUCCAGGAAGGGAGGAGCAACAAGACUCAUGCCUUCUGUACGACAGCAGGAUUCGUCCGUGGUACAGCGGGGCGAUCACGUACCCGAACCAUCUCGUCAUUCUGGUGGACAUCGGGCAUUCAAUGACCGACCCCUUGAAAACGGCCCCAUCUGGACUUGACACGAAGCUCCAUGCGGCGCAGAACUUUUCCUUGGCGCUGCUGAGCACAGCUUACAAAGACAACUACAUCAACGUCGUCAGCUUCGGCGGGGCCCAAAACGAUAGCUACACGCGAUCAUUGCAAGUGGGUUUCAACUACGAUAAUCCGUCCAUCCACAAGGAGCUAGCCACUCUCAAUUUAAAAAUUCUCAAUUUCACAAAUCAGACCUCGGUGCUGAACACGGACGUGACCGCCUUCGUGACGGGGCUGAACACCACUCUGCGGGCUUUUUCGGACUCGACGCUGCCGAAUGCUCAGUUGUACAAUCUGAGCAAAAAUAUCGUCCUCUUCACUGACGGCAGCUUCGCCAGCCAGGACAUUCUGAAUGAUCCAUCGGUUGUCGCAGCCAUCGCCGAGCUCCAGGCGAACAAUGUGAAUCUUUUCGUGUACUCGGACGAGCUUUCCGUCGGCCUCCAGAGCCUGACGGCUGAGAUGAACGGCAGCUACACGGUAUGGGCGAGCAAUGACAACCCUCUGCACGAGAUGCGAUCAUACUUCGGAUACCUGGCCGCCUCCCACAGAAAUCUCUUCAACGAUACGCCGUUUUGGAUCGACAAUUACAGGGACGCCUACAACAUUUCAGACAUCAUCACCGUGUCGAUGCCCGCAUUCGAUCAGGACAAGUUCGUCGGCGUUGCAGCGAUAGACGUACCCUUCCCGCAACUCCCCAGAGACGACAUGAAUAACUUAGGGCAACGGCGUACUACUCGGGACAAUACGUUGGAGAGCGCUUCCAGUUCGACACGAGCUUCGUCCGUGCCUCCUAUAUUUGAUGACUACAACUGCGGCACAUCGGGCUCGAUGUGCCAAGGACCACCACAAGAAUCGUUCAACAAGGAAGCAUUCCAGGAUCGGAAAUGUAGGAACUUAUGUGCAGACCAAGAAGACAACAAGGUCAAGGAGAUAGUCAUCGGGACUGUGGUUGGUGCCAUAUUCGCAGCGGCAGUGUUUGGGACUGGUGCCUUUUUGUGCAUGCGGCGAAGAAAGAAAGAAGCUCGGGAAAGAGGAUCAUCGGGGACGACAAACGUAGAUGCCCGCAUCACUGGAGUCCAAGAGGAAGCUAAAAAACCACCGAGUGAAACGUGGGGAGAUCCUUUGUAGAGAAAAUUCGAGUCACCGGAUUACACGUGCGUGCACAUGCGCAGGAAUCUCGUGCUGUGAUGAUUUCUAGUCAUUAUGCUUUCCUCAACUUGCGCAGUUCGAUUAUCGUCGAGUUGCAAUGCUCUACCCAAUCAAUAUCAUGGUACUUGCUUUUUCUCCUGGCAGUGUCCAUGUACAUUGCUCCCCAAUGAUGAUACAUAGGUUGUACUACGUACCGAUCCCAUAUGUUAAAAUUCCCACAUCCAUCAUCAGAGAAUAGAGACAAAAUAACAUUUUUUAACAAUUUGAUGUCCUACUCUAAUUCCAUAAGAUAUUGAUUGCGGCUUUCUUCGAACCUCCAAGAGAGCAUAUUACAUCAGAGGGCAAGAUUUAGCAAUGUCAUCGAACAUCCAGAAACGAAUCUGACCACCGUCAUCGGAAAGGAAACGAUCGACCACCUACCCAAUCA